CUACCUCACGCGUUGAUGGGAGUCGUUGGUUGUCAGGUUAGAGCCUGUAAUUCAUCUGGAACAAUGUCAAGAAGCAAUCUCAGCAACAAGCAACCCAUUAUUAUUUAUUGAGUAGGAGACUUAACUAUGGGAAGCUGUGGUAGAAUCUUGUGCACCAUACAUGAUGUGAAUCUUGCUGCAGUCCUUAAAAGUGGACAGUCAUUCAGAUGGGUGAGGCUGCCCUCUGAGGAGUGGGUGGGUCCUCUGGGCCGGCACGUCUGGAUCCUGCGGCAGGACGAGUCCGGCAUCACCUUUAGAACACUGCCGCCUCCCAAGAGUGAGGCGAGCCUGGAUGAAGGCAAGGCCAGAUGCUUCCUCGAGGACUACUUCCAGCUGGGGGUAAACCUGCGCGAGCUGUACUCGUGCUGGAGCGCGGCCGACGAGGCCUUCAGCAUGGCCGGCCGCCGGCUGCCCGGCGUCCGGAUGCUCCGCCAGGACCCCGUCGAGAAUCUGUUCUGCUUCAUCUGCUCCUCCAACAACAAUAUACAGCGCAUCACCUCGAUGGUGGAGAAGCUGUGUGAGCGGUACGGCGAGCCGCUGGGGGAGCACGCCGGCCGGACGUUCCACGCCUUCCCCGCCGUCUCCCGACUGGCAGAGCCGGCCGUCGAGGCCGAGCUGCGCGCGCUCGGCUUCGGCUAUCGAGCCCGCUACGUGCGCGAGACGGCCCACCAGGUGGCGGAGCGCGGCGGCGCCGGCUGGCUGCGCGCCCUGCGCAGCGUCCCCUACGCCACCUGCCACGGACAGCUGCGCCAGCUCUGUGGCGUCGGCGCCAAGGUGGCCGACUGCGUGUGUCUGAUGUCGCUGGACCAGCCGGCGGCCGUGCCGGUCGACACUCACGUGCACCAGCUGGCGCUGCGCCACUACCUGCCGCAGCUGCGCCACACCAAGACGCUGACCGAUCGCACCUACCGCCAGGUGGCCGACCACUUCCGGCUGGUGUUCGGCGAGCGCGCGGGAUGGGCGCAGGCGGUCUUGUUCUGCGGUGAUCUGGCUGAAUUUAAAAAGGCCGCUGCGGAUGAGGCAUCAGGCCCAGCCCAAGAAUCGGCCAGCGUCCGACAGACCGUGAAGUGUCCGGUGGCGCCAGCCAAGACGACCCCGUCCAAGAGAGUGCGAGUCACUGCCGCUGUCGUCGGGAAGGCCCCGGAUGUGGGCGGAGACGGUCCGAUCGGGCGGACAGCCGCAGCACGCAGUGAAAGGGGAACUAGACAGCAGAAACGGCGGACGCCUGUCCCCCGCUAGGGCCUGCCCGGGCAACCUUUCAGUGCCAACACGCUCAGGUGGUUUGUGUUGGUCCUCUGGAAUUGUGGAUGUGUGCUCUCAGGGAGUUGUUGCGCUGUUCCGGUCCGACUCGUCGGUCACUAAGAGGGUCUGUGAGUAUGUGAUUUCGAUUGAGAUCUUUGCCCGGAUUUUGAAUUAGAAUGUGCUUCAAUGCCAGCUGAAGCACUUUCAUAUUGGCAUGUUGUCUUGUUCUUAUUUUUGUGACAGGCGUCGCCUGUGUUCUGAUCCGGAGCAUGUUACCAGCGAGUACCGUUUUUUCAUAAUGCGUUGCUAGCACUGAUGCUCUUAUUCACCCAUGCGUUGACAUCAUCUAUGAUUUGUGUGCACUCACCAGGUAUGGUCCCACUCCGAGGGUGAGGCCAACUGCGAUGUGUACCUCUCGGUUUGUGUGACCUGACCUCGGCGCGAGGUGUGCGCGCCGACACCAUGCUGAGGCGUCCGUCUGACAUCCGGCUGUGGCUGGAGCGAUUUCGAUCUUCAUGCCGGCCGUGGGCGUCCUGUGUCCUGCCGUAGCUGAUCUGACCUGACCUGAACUGGGAUGAGCUGGACUGACCCGAUAUGACCUGGCCUGUCCUGAUACGGCCUGGCCUGACAUGACCUGACCUGACACGACCGGAUUUGUCAUGCUCGGCCGCUGGCGCGCGGUGACUUCUGGGUGCCUGAAGUGUGAUGUCGAGUUGGGUGGAUCAACAUGAUACAUGCCUCCUGAGGCUGUUUGGAAGGCUCGUGGCAGGCUGCUGUAAAGUGGAGGGUUGCUCAAGCACUGAUGUAGCAUCAGACGGGGGGGGGGGGGGAUGUGAUUCUGUCCCAAUUUGGACAAACUGAGCUGAUUGCCAUGGGUGCCAAUGUGUUGUGCGGUAAAUAUGGGUCAGACUGUUUUUGAUCCCUGCUUAAAUUUACCUAUGUAUCUGCUGUCCAGGACACAAAUGAUGAAACAUUAUAAACAAGUAGCUGCGACACGGAAUGCCUGUAUGAGGUGUGUGGUGAUGCCUAGACUGAGGCAGCAAUAAUCAUGAAGAUGUCGUGUUUGCUGUCAUGCAUGUUAUUAAUGUGCAUGACAUACAAAUUUUAGACUGAACAUGCUGCUUGUCGCCGACGAAAUACUUUCAAGCAUUCUAUGGCUGGUGCUGAGUCAUGGAAAGUAUCAGUCUCUCCCAACCUUCCAGAUCACUGCUUGUGGCCCCUCUGAUGUGUAUUGUCUGCCCAACAAGCUCCAGCAGGUGCUCGUAGGUGGUCGGCUAUCAACCCACUCGAAGUAAUAAUGUGGGUAAUAGAAAUGGAUGGGUAUGUUGCCGACUCCGGCAUAUCUAACAUCAAUGUUGGAUGCUGUGCUCAAAAACAAAACGGUGAUAAUUGGACCUCCUCCAUCCCAGGUGAGGUUCCUUCAC